GUUUACCGCAAAUGGUCCGCCGCGCACUGAAACGUGUUCGACGUCGCGGAUUAUUUCCAUCAUAGAAAUGUCAAGUUUAUCGUGUCGUGUGCGCGGCUUGUUUGUAAACACUUCCAAUUAUGCGAACGAUCGUAAUUGGAGAAUUAACGAUCGGCGAACGCGUCGAAAAUUAAUGGUGCAUUCACUUGAUCACCGCGCAUUACUCGGUGACUGAUCUCUCCUUACCGCGUAUUCAUCAUUUAUGGCGAAAAGUUAAAUGCAUAUGUUUGUUUGGUUAAAACAUAGUACGUGGCAUAUUUGCGCCGAGUAAAUGCUCGCGAGGUAAACGCUGGAAGAAUUUGACGAGUCCUUAAGAAUUUUCAGUGUACGAGAACCGGAGACACGUAAGAUAAACCACUGGUAUUCUAGGCGUAAUUGUACCGUAAUAGUUACACGGGCAAUCGGCGCACUAGUGUGCAGGACCGUUCCCUGUACAAAAGGAAAUCAAUGCUCACACCACCAACGACAGUGAUUGUGUGUAAAAAUGAAAUGGGGCAUUGGGUGAAAGUACUCUUGGCUUGGAGGUCUUAUAUCAGAUCAGUCUGCCAAGAGCCGUGCAGGAUGUGGAUGGCAAUUUUGCUCUGCUCCUAACAACCAGAUCUCCUCCUGGCACGGACAAAGUUUUUAAACAUUUAAUGUUGCAGAUGGUAUGGAUAUGGUGUUUGCUUGUGUCAGUGGCAGAUUUGACAUUGGCUCUUGAAAAUGGUCUUGCGAAAACACCGCCCAUGGGCUGGCUUGCUUGGGAGCGAUUCAGGUGCAACACAGAUUGUAAAAAUGAUCCUGACAAUUGUAUCAGUGAUCGACUCUUUCGUACAAUGGCAGACAUUAUUGUAGCAGAGGGGUAUGCUGCUGUUGGAUAUGAGUAUGUUAAUGUUGAUGACUGUUGGUUGGAAAAAGACAGAGAUGUUAAUGGUCAACUUGUGCCAGACAGACAAAGAUUUCCAUAUGGAAUGAAAAGUCUUGCAAACUAUAUUCACUCGAAAGGUCUUAAAUUUGGGAUAUAUGAAGAUUUUGGUAAUUACACAUGUGCUGGUUACCCUGGCAUAUUAGGACACUUAGAAACAGAUGCACUUACUUUCGCAUCUUGGGAUGUUGAUUACGUGAAAUUGGAUGGUUGUUAUUCUCAUCCGACCGAAAUGGACAGAGGAUAUCCCGAAUUUGGAUUUUAUUUAAAUCAAACCGGCCGUGCUAUGAUAUAUUCUUGUAGUUGGCCAGUCUAUCAAAUUUAUGCUGGAAUACAGCCAAACUUUACUGCCAUAACGCAACAUUGCAAUCUUUGGAGGAAUUUUGAUGACAUUCAAGAUUCCUGGAACAGUUUAGAAACUAUUAUAGAUUAUUACGGGAACAAUCAAGAUGGGAUUGUACCAAACGCGGGACCCGGCCACUGGAACGAUCCCGAUAUGUUAAUUAUUGGUAACUUUGGCUUGAGUUAUGAACAAAGCAAAACGCAAAUGGCGUUGUGGGCUAUAUUGGCCGCUCCUCUAUUAAUGUCCGUUGAUCUACGAACGAUCAGACCGGAAUACAAAGCUAUUUUACAAAAUAGGAAAAUUAUCGCUGUAGAUCAGGAUCCACUGGGCAUACAGGGUCGGCGUAUCUACAAACAUAAAGGCAUUGAAAUAUGGGCGAGGCCGAUAACUCCCAUCUACCAGAAUUACUACUCUUACGCCAUAGCAUUUGUAAAUAGGAGAACGGACGGCACGCCGUCCGAUGUGUCUGUUACAUUAAAAGAACUUGGACUCCAAUAUCCUGGAGGAUACAGUGUAGAGGAUUUAUACGAAGACGUGAAUUACGGCGUCUUGACGCCGCAAACGAAAAUAAAAGUCAAAGUAAAUCCAUCCGGUGUUGUGAUACUGCGGUGCGAUCUGCAUUUAGAAGAUGUUUUCGAUACAAAUCAAUUUCCACAAUUCUCACCUUUGAAUCAACAUUUUAAAGUGAGACAGAAUUCGUUUAAGUGACGCGAAUUAAACGAUUAAGAAAUUUUUGACUGUAAUUUACCAUUUAUAUAAUACUUGACAACACAAUGUUACCGUAUUUUGUUAAGAAAGUAGAAAAUAAAGAAUUUUAUAAUCUACGAGCGUUCAGUGG